AUGCAAGGCCCUAACAAUAACUCUCUCUGUAAUAAUCACCAAGAAAUCCACUUCGACGCCACUUCCAACGACGAUUUCCUCAAACAAAUGCUCUCCAACCUCCCUUCUUCAUCAUGGACUCUAGACCCCAAACCCAACCCCUUGUGGGACCCUAAUUCCGACGAAACCACACCGGAUAACAACCUCGUUUUCCCCUACGACCUCCAACAAGCCAACUUGGCCUCCAAGUUUCGCAACCACCAGAUCAGCGAUGACAACAAACCCUCCGCUCUCAUGCUCCAACACCACCACCACCUCCUCCUCUCCUCCGCCGCCGCUGCUGCCAAUUCCCCCCUCCUCCACGUCCCCUUGUCCGACGUCGUUGACGCCCCCUCCUUCAAAUCUCCCUCUCCCAACGGUGAGGCUUCUUCCGUUCAACCUCUCUACAACGGCUUCUCCGGAUCUCUCCAAGGCGCCGCCCAACCCUCCAACCAAACUCACCAUUUUCAACUUCCUCAGCAGGGGCAGAGUUUCGGAGCUUCGGCUCCGACUAGUGGUGCUGGCGGUGGUUCGGGUCAGCCCAAGCAGAGGGUUAGAGCCAGGAGAGGUCAAGCCACGGACCCACACAGCAUCGCCGAAAGGUUACGGAGGGAGAGAAUCGCAGAGCGAAUGAAGGCCUUGCAGGAACUGGUUCCCAACGCCAACAAGACUGAUAAGGCCUCCAUGUUGGAUGAGAUCAUCGACUAUGUGAAGUUCCUACAGCUCCAAGUAAAGGUUUUAAGCAUGAGUAGACUAGGAGGUGCAGCGGCUGUUGCACCCCUUGUUACUGAUUUAUCUUCCGAGCAGGGAGGCGGUGACUGCGUUCAGCCAAAACGCAACAGCGCGAACGGUAACGGUAACUCAAACGGCAACGAAGGUUCCUCAAACGACAGUGUGGCCAUGACGGAGCAACAAGUGGCGAAGCUGAUGGAGGAAGACAUGGGGUCCGCCAUGCAGUACCUGCAGGGGAAAGGUCUCUGCCUGAUGCCAAUUUCUCUGGCCACGGCCAUCUCCAAAGCCACGUGUCACACCAGGAACCCUUUCAUCAACGGUGAUGGCCCCUCCUCUCCCGGAAUCUCCGCGCUCACCCUCCACUCUUCUUCUGUGGCUAACGCCCUCGUCAAAGACGCUGCCUCUGUUUCCAAAUCCUGA